UUGGGGUGGGGGACAACUUCCUGAAUUCUCUCCCACCCCGUAUGUUCUACAAUGGUAGAGUCCAAGCCUUUGCCUGUACCGGAGGAAUAACCUAUCCCAUAUAUGGAGGAAUUUGCAUUGUUUUGAAGCCCACUUGGAUGUUCUGGUUCACAUGGCAGCAGCAAACUUGACUCCCCCCAGCUCUCUGGAAGUAAACAAGCCGGGGUUUCCAAAGGAGAUCCUUGGGACUGAGUUAGAGGGGAAGUACCUGUGUACAGAGUGCAGGAAUAUUUUGAGGCGGCCGUUCCAAGCCCAGUGCGGACACCGCUACUGUUCCUCUUGCCUGAAAAAGAUCAUAAGCUCUGGGCCCCAGAAGUGUGCAGCCUGCAUUCAAGAAGGAAUAUACGAAGAAGGCAUUUCUAUCUUGGAAACUAGUUCGGCUUUCCCAGAUAAUGCAGCCCGACGGGAGGUGGAGAGUCUUCCGGCAAUCUGCAUCAACGAGGGCUGUGCGUGGAAAGGGACAAUUAAAGAAUACGAGAGCUACCAUGAGGGGAGCUGCCCGUUCAUGCUGGUCACCUGCCCGGCAUGUCAGGGCACGGUGAGGCUGAAUGGAAAGGAGCGCCAUUCCGAGCGGGAGUGCCCCGAGAGAAGCCUCAACUGUAAAUACUGCAAAGUCCUUUUCUACUUCCCCAGUAUUAAGGCCCAUGAUGAGGUGUGCCCAAAGUUUCCUCUCACCUGUGAUGGCUGUGGGAAGAAGAAGAUCCCAAGAGAAAAGUUUCAAGACCACAUCAAAUCUUGUAGCAAAUGCAAAGCGCCUUGCAGAUUCCAGCCUGUUGGUUGCACCGAGGUGAUGGAAAAUGAGAAGCUCCCCGAUCAUGAGAGCAAGCGCAUGGGGGAGCAUCUCUACAUGCUGCUGAGUUUUGUGCUGAGUCUUGGGACUGAAUCCAGCAAGUUGCAGUCCCUGCCGGGCCUCCCGACGGCUGAGGGCAGUUCCACUCUGUUGGGGGGCAAGCCGCUGGUCUCCGAGUCAGAGAUUUCCAGCUCUUUAGAACUGUUAGGGAAAUGUGAAGCUCUGGAAAGGAAGACUGUAACCUUUGAGAAUAUCGUCUGUGUGCUGAACCGGGAGGUGGAAAGGGUGUCUCUCACAGCUGAGGCAUACAGCCAGCAGCAUCAGCUGGACCAGGAGAAGAUAGAGGCGCUCAGCAGCAAGGUCCGGCAGCUAGAAAGGAGCAUUGCGCUAAAGGACUUGGCCCUGGCCGAGAUGGCCCGCACUAUUCAGGAGAUGGAAGCAUCCUCCUACGACGGCAUCUUUAUCUGGAAGAUCAGUGACUUUGCAAGGAAACGCCAGGAGGCGAUAAAUGGCCGCUCGCCAGCCAUCUUUUCUCCAGCAUUCUAUACAAACAAGUACGGCUACAAAAUGUGCCUGCGCAUUUACCUCAAUGGGGAUGGCACGGGGCGUGGGACCCACUUGUCGCUGUUCUUUGUGUUGAUGAAAGGACCCAACGACGCCCUCUUGCGGUGGCCUUUCAACCAGAAGGUCACCCUGAUGCUGUUGGAUCAGAAUAUCCGGGAGCAUGUGAUUGACGCCUUCCGCCCAGAUGUGUCGUCCUCAUCUUUCCAGCGGCCCGUCAGUGACAUGAACAUUGCCAGUGGCUGCCCGCUCUUCUGCCCCCUCACCAAGAUGGAGGCCAAGAACUCUUACGUCCGUGAUGACACCAUCUUUAUUAAAGCCAUUGUAGACCUUACGGGCCUCUGAUGCCUCCUUUUCCCACCUGGAUCUAGGAGUAUAGAGCUGUUGCCCGGGCGGGGCUACAGUCCUCUGUGUAAUCCUCCUCCGUGGGCAGCUGUGAGGAGGGGGCUAGGUGCUACCCCCUGGAAAAAGGACCUAUUCCAUUUGGUGAGGAAAGCAGAUGUUCCACUGGAAACUUUUGGUCUUGGAAAUGCCAGCCAUGCUCUUGAAGGGGCAGUGCCUUCCAACCCAUCCUCAAUGAGGGAUCCAAACACAGAAAAGCUCUCGUGUCUUUUUUUGAAUGAACCUUGCAGUUUGCUGAUCUUGGGGAGGCUGGAGAGGGACGGGUGCCGUUGAGUCCCAUGU